AUGGCCGAAUCUGGGUUCCGUCAAGAUAUGCCACCUUCGGGCGGCUAUCGUAAAUUUAACUAUGGACGCACAUUUCCGAAACUUGUGUGGAGGCCUGGUGUUGUGGUAGCAGCAGUUUUUGGAGCAUCAGUUUACGGUGCAUUUGACUCUAUAGCAAAAAAGAAAGCAAGAGUAACUGAGAAGUUUGAAGACGUCGACAUUACAAAUGCAAUGCAACCUUUUCUUACUGCCGAACGUGACCGGAACUGGCUCAAACUGUUGAAGAAGAAUAGAGAUCUAGAAGAGGAGGUCAUGAAGGAUGUUCCUGGAUGGAAAACCGGAACCUGGUACGGCGAACCUGUGUACUUCACCCUCGGUGACAAAUGGUGGGAUCCAAUGCAGCCCGAGGUUUUUGCACAUUCACAUAAGGAUUUGUUCUUCAAAGAGCAUUUUUGGCGCCAUCACUCGGAAUAUGCAGCCCCGAAAUUUUACGACAAGUGGAUACCAGAGUCCAUUGGGAAGUACUUCUGGUGA